GAUGCUAUAAAAACUGCUCUUCUGCUUGGGGCCAUAGACCGUGAAAUUGGAGGGAUCGCCAUCUCUGGAAGACGAGGCACGGCCAAGACUGUUAUGGCGCGUGGGCUACAUGCGAUUUUGCCGCCCAUUGAAGUAGUUGUUGGUUCUAUGUCAAAUGCAGAUCCGGCUUGCCCUGAAGAGUGGGAAGACGGUCUAGCUGAGCGCCUGGAAUAUGAUUCUGAUGGCAAUAUUAAGACUCAAAUUGUCAGGUCUCCUUUUGUCCAGAUCCCACUUGGAGUCACAGAGGACAGACUUCUUGGAUCUGUUGAUGUUGAGGAGUCUGUGAAAACAGGGACGACUGUUUUCCAGCCAGGCCUUCUGGCUGAAGCUCAUAGAGGUGUUCUAUAUGUCGAUGAAAUCAAUCUCUUGGACGAGGGUAUUAGUAAUUUGCUUCUUAAUGUGUUAACUGAAGGAGUUAAUACUGUGGAAAGAGAGGGAAUCAGCUUUAGACACCCAUGUAAGCCACUCUUGAUUGCUACUUAUAAUCCGGAAGAGGGAGCUGUCCGUGAACACCUACUAGAUCGGAUUGCAAUCAAUUUGAG